AUCAUGCUGCGCCGCCGCCUCUCACGCACCACAUGACAGGCGAGCAGGCGGGCGGAUGGCAGGAUCUCUAGGCGGGGGCGUGCCCCGUGCAUCCAUGGCGCAAGAUGGCGCUGCCCUUUGCACGCUCUUUGCGCUUGUGCAGCUGGGGAGCCAAACGAUUGGGGAUUGCCGCUACAGAGGCCCGGAGAGGCAUCAGUUUCAAACUGGAAGAAAAAACCGCCCACAGCAGCCUGGCACUCUUCAGAGGUGACACAGGUGUCAAAUACGGCUUGGUGGGAUUGGAGCCCUCCAAGGUGGCUCUGAAUGUGGAGCGCUUCCGGGAGUGGGCAGUGGUACUGGCAGACACAGCGGUCACCAGUGGCAGACACUACUGGGAGGUGACAGUGAAGCGCUCCCAGCAAUUCCGGAUAGGAGUGGCAGAUGUGGACAUGUCCCGGGAUAGCUGCAUUGGUGUUGAUGAUCGUUCCUGGGUGUUCACCUAUGCCCAGCGCAAGUGGCACACCAUGUUGGCCAACGAGAAAGCCCCAGUUGAGGGCAUUGGGCAGCCAGAGAAGGUGGGGCUGCUGUUGGAGUAUGAGGCCCAAAAGCUGAGCCUGGUGGAUGUGAGCCAGGUCUCUGUGGUAUACACCAUACAGACAGAUUUCCGCGGUCCAGUCGUACCUGCCUUUGCUCUUUGGGAUGGAGAGCUGCUGACCCACUCAGGGCUUGAGGUGCCUGAGGGCCUCUAGUAUGUCCAUUACUGGAGUCCCUAAUCAUGCUUUUGGCCAGCCUCCUUUUGAAAGUGUCUGAAGCCUUUUUACUUUGCCCCAAGCAACCUCUAGCUCCCACAAUUCAUUGUUGGGUCCUCUGUGCAAUAUCUUAGUCAUCUUCCUCUCUCCCCUACCCUGUGAAAGCUAGGCAUACAGCCAGCUCCCCUGUUCUCCCAACUACUGCCAAUUUCCUAGGCUACCAUGGGUAUAUUUUCCCUGAUUUGCUUCCUUUCGUUCCCUCCACCUCCCUGUGUCCAGGCCUUUCUCAGACUGUAUUCAGUCCUGAGGUCUUAUUUUUCAGCUUUGUUUGAAUUUGUCACUGUGAUACCUCUCCCUUCUUUUGCCCAUAUGUAACUUGUUCUUGGGGCUCAACUAAAUCUCUCCAAAGCAAAUCGUUUCUACCUCUGGCUG